AGAGUUAAAUACGAGGGAGGAGCUUAAGCCGCCGCCUUGCCUAGGAGAAGAGAACCCAUUGGCGGUGUUGAAACAAAUAAUCGCGCUUGUCUUCUCGACGUCUCCUCUUCUUCUGCUGCGUGGGCCGAUAUCUUCUUCUUUGUCCCAUAGGCAAACGGGUCUGUCGUUUUUUUCGACUGAAUUCACCUCAAAAGAGAUCCGUACCUGGAUUAGAGAGAGAGAGAGAGAGAGAGAGAGAGCGCGACUAUGAAGUACGUUUUAGUGACGGGAGGAGUGGUGAGUGGACUUGGGAAAGGUGUCACUGCCAGUAGCAUUGGCAUUCUCCUUCAAGCUUGUGGUCUUCGUGUUACUUCUAUCAAGAUUGAUCCUUAUCUUAAUACGGAUGCGGGAACAAUGUCUCCCUUUGAGCAUGGAGAAGUAUUUGUGUUAGAUGAUGGUGGGGAGGUGGACCUGGACCUUGGCAACUAUGAACGGUUUCUAGACAGCACAUUAACCCGUGACAACAAUAUAACCACCGGAAAGAUAUAUCAAUCAGUCAUUGACAAGGAAAGGAAGGGGGACUAUCUUGGAAAGACCGUUCAGGUUGUUCCACAUAUUACUGAUGCCAUCCAAGAAUGGAUAGAGCGUGUAGCCAAUGUUCCCGUGGAUGGAAAAGAAGGUCCUCCAGAUGUCUGUGUCAUUGAGUUGGGUGGGACCAUAGGUGAUAUUGAAUCUAUGCCCUUCAUUGAGGCCCUUGGUCAAUUCUCUUAUAGAGUAGGAUCUGGAAAUUUCUGCUUGGUUCAUGUCAGCCUCGUGCCUGUUCUUAGUGUUGUUGGUGAACAGAAGACAAAGCCAACCCAGCAUAGUGUGCGAGGACUCAGGAGCCUUGGUUUGACACCAAAUAUUCUAGCGUGUCGCAGUACAAAGGCACUUGAAGACAAUGUCAAGGCAAAACUCUCUCACUUUUGCCAUGUGCCGGAAGAGAAUAUUGUAACUCUCUAUGAUGUUCCAAAUAUUUGGCAUGUUCCACUGCUUUUAAGAGAUCAAAAGGCUCAUGACGCUAUCCUGAAAGAAUUGAACCUCCUUCGCAAUGCUACAGAGCCUGACUUGACGGAGUGGACAGAAAGAACUAGAGUUUAUGACACGCUGCAGGAUCCUGUCAGAAUUGCCAUGGUUGGAAAGUACACGGGACUAAGCGAUUCAUACCUCUCUGUGUUGAAGGCCCUUCUGCAUGCUUCUGUUGCAUGUCACAAGAAGCUUGUCAUAGAGUGGGUUGCAGCUAGUGACCUUGAAGAGGCUGCUGCGAUGGAGGCGCCGAAUGUUCACGAGGCUGCAUGGGAACUUUUGAAGGGUUCUGAUGGUAUUCUUGUGCCAGGAGGGUUUGGUGAUAGAGGAGUGCAGGGAAAGAUACUUGCGAUAAAGUAUGCUCGGGAGCAUAAGGUCCCAUUCCUUGGGAUAUGUCUGGGAAUGCAGUUAGCUGUUGUUGAGUUUGCCCGCUCAGUUCUUGGUUUGCACGAUGCAAAUAGCACAGAGUUUAACCCUGAAACAUCCAGUCCUUGCGUCAUAUUUAUGCCAGAGGGAUCCAAAACUCAUAUGGGGGGCACUAUGCGUUUAGGGUCAAGGAGGACUUACUUUCAGGUUGCUGAUAGUAUAUCAGCUAAGUUGUAUGGCAAUGAUAAGUUUGUCGAUGAGCGGCACCGACACAGAUAUGAGGUAAACCCAGACAUGAUAACAGAAAUCGAGAAGGCUGGCCUCUCAUUUGUUGGCAAGGAUGAGACGGGACGACGAAUGGAGAUAGUGGAAUUGCCAAGUCAUCCAUACUUUGUGGGAGUUCAGUUCCACCCAGAAUUCAAGUCUAGACCGGGAAAACCUUCAGCAGUGUUCCUAGGUCUUGUUGCGGCUGCGUCUGUGGGAACACCAAAGGCUAAAGUCUACCAAAACGGGUCAUGGAGAGGAGUGGCUAAUGGAAACCACUUCUGAUUGAAAACAAUUGGUUGGUUUGUGGUGGCAUGGGUUCUUUCUUGCAUGUACAGACUGUUUGAAGACGUGUGUCUGGGGAUGGCUCUGUUUGAAGAUUUAUAUUUUUAUGACAUAAAUCUGAUCACUUCAUC